AUGAUGCCACGCAUGGGACCUCCGUCAUCUUCGAAGCAAGAACCUACAAUGUUCAUGUCGUUUCGUAACCCUCAAUGGCCAGCAAAUUUCAUAAACAGAGACAAUGUGUUAGACUAUUUCUGCAACCAAGGAAACGUUUUCUACGAAAUGAACUCUUGCAACCAACAAAUCAAAAUGCAAAACAUCACGAACCGAUCUGUUGAUGAGUGUCUUCGGAACAUGCAAGGCAUUCAGUACGUUUUGUGGUAUUCCCAGCCGCCGCUCUACAUCGUUUGUAAGCAGAGGAGAAAUAACGCUACAAAUGUCAGUCCCAUUGCGUACUACUAUGUUAUCAACGGAAGUGUUCAUCAGGCCCCGGAUAUGCACACUCUUGUUCAAUCACGAUUACUCGGCGCCCUUGAACCACUUCGUAAUGCUUUUGGCGAAGUAACCAACUACUCCCGAUACAAUACAGCCAAAGGAUAUUACUGGGAAUUCAAAAAUAAGCCGAGUAUGAAGAAGAAAGAAGAAGAGAAGAAAGAAGAAGAUGAGCGAAAGCUGGAAGAGAGGAGCACAAACUUCCAAAAGGCGCGGACAAUGAUGCUUCUGAAUCAGCUUUUCACCGAAAUGCCUGCCGAUGAAGCUCUCGAAAAGCUAGACGUUAAGGAAGAAGAGAAUCCAAAGCCUGAAGAAGCACCCUCAGCAUCUGCCGUCGGAGAGCCAAAAUUUGCAGAGCCAGCAGCCAGAGCUACAACCAAAUAA